AUGUAUAUAAAAAUAAAUAUAUAUAUAUAUAUUUAUAUAUAAAUAAUAAUAUAUAUAUAUAUUUUUAUAAAUAUAUUUUAAUUAUUGUCUAUAGAUUAAUUUAUUUUUUAAAUAUAAAAAUUAAUUUAAUUUUAUUUUUUUAUAUAUAUUGUUAUUUAUUAUUUUAAUCAUACCUUAAUUACUUAUUUUUUUUAUAGAAAAUUUUAUAAUUAUUUAUAUAUUAUAAUAUUAAUUUUUUUUUCUUUAUUUAUUAAAUAUUAUAUUAAUAAUUAAUGCUUAUAAAAUCAAAAUUUAAAUUUUAAAUUUAAUUUAUAGUUUAUUUCAAAAAUGGAACAACCUUUGGUAUAAUAUAUUCAUAAAACUAAACAUUUAAUUGAUGCUGUAGAAGAUUCUUUUUUUGAUGAUUAUUAAAAAAAUGUAUUAGUUUCUAACUUAUAUCUAUAGAAAAAUCCAUCAUAUAGGAUAAUUUAUAAAGGCAAUCUCUAUACAAGAUUUUAAGGAUAAUGUCUUAAAGAAGUUUAUGCUAUAUUAUUUGAUGAUAGGUUAGAAUUUUAUAAUGAUGAAAAUUAAAUGCAAUUUAUAUAAUCAAAAAGUAUCUUUUUAUUAUAAGAUAUUAUAUUAGAUUUGCGUAAACUAGAGCAAGAAGAUUAUGAAAAUUUAAGUUCUCAAGAGAAAUAUUUUUUAUUAUUUUUGUUUUAAAAAAGAAGAUUUUUUUAUUUGCAUAAAAUUAAAAUGAAUAUUCUAAAUGGGUUCAAAAUCUUAGAAAAACUUGUAUUUUAAUAAACUAUUUAGAUUAUUAUGAAAGUUCUAUAAUAUAAUAAGAAGCAAACUUAAAAUAAAAUCAUUAUUUUUAACUACAAAUUACCUAAAGAAAAAGUGAUUAGGAAAAAGUUAUCUUAUAGGUUUAUGAUAAGUUAUAAAUAAAAAACUCAUAAAAAGAAUUAUAAAUAAAAGUAAGAAAAAAAAAAUAUAUAUAUAUAGAUAUAUAUAUAUAAAUAUAUAUAUAUUUAUAUAUAUCAAUAUAUAUUUAUAUUUAUAUUAAUUUAUAUAUAUAUUUAUAUAUAUGUAUAUUUUAAUUUUAAUUUUUUUUAUAAAUUAUUUUAUAAUAUUUAUUAAUUUUUUUUUUUUUUUUUUAAUUAAAGAAAUCUAUAAAAAAUAAAAUAAAUAUGUUAAAAAAAAUAAACUUUCCAAACAUAUGUAAAUUAAAAGAAGUUUACGAAUAAAAUUAGUCAAUAUAUUUAGUAUAUAAGUAUUUCGAAAAAGAGAACUUAAAAGAUUUACUUAAAUAAUAAAUUUAUUUUUCUGAAAGCUUUGUAUCAAAAAUAGCAUAUUAAUUAUUAAGAGCAUUAAAAUAUUUGCAUGAUAUUAAUAUCAUUUAAAAUGGAAUAUCUUUAAAAAAUAUACAUUUCUAAAAAUAAAAUAAUGAAUUUAAUAUUAUAAUAUUUAAUUUUACCUUAUCUAUUUAUAAUAAUUCAAUUUAAAAUUUUGAUUAUGAUUCUAUUUCACCUGACUCUCCUAGAAUUUAAGCUCCUGAAAUAAAAAGAAAGGAAAAUUUAACCUAAAAGUUUGAUAUUUUCUGUUGUGGUUUAUUGA